ACCGGCAAAAUGUCACCCACAGAUAAGGACCGUAUCGUACGCAACUGGAUCUGCUCUUCUGGCGCUUGCUGAAACCUCGUCCGAAACGUUCGUUUUGGCAAAAUCUGAAUCAUUGGAAUUUUGAAGCGACUCGAUUCGAUGCGAGGCCACGAUUGGAUCAACACGCUGCUCCCCGACGAGUUACUCAUUGAGAUCUUCCGCCGCCUGGACUCUAAGUCCAACCGCGACGCCAGCUCCCUCGUCUGCACGCGGUGGCUCCGCCUCGAGCGCCUCACACGCGCCGCCAUCCGCAUCGGCGCCUCCGGCUCCCCCGACCUCUUGAUCCACCUCCUCGCCGCGCGAUUCUCCAACAUCACCACCGUUCACAUCGAUGAGCGCCUCUCUGUUUCAAUCCCCGCUCACCUCGGGAGAAGACGCUCGAGCGGCAAUUCCUCGGUGAAGCUGCACGACGUGAAUGAUAAGCACGGCUCUGCCUCUGAUCAGAGCGAUUUGGAUUCACUCUGUUUAUCUGAUUCUGGUUUGGCUUCUCUCGCCGAAGGCUUUCCCAAGCUCGAGAAGCUGAGGUUAAUUUGGUGUUCUAACGUCACUAGCGAGGGGUUGUCAUCCCUAGCAAGGAAAUGCACUUCUUUGAAAUCCUUGGACUUGCAGGGUUGCUAUGUUGGAGAUCAAGGUCUAGCUGCUAUUGGACAGUGUUGCAAACAACUUGAAGAUUUGAAUCUGCGUUUCUGUGAAGGUUUGACUGAUAAUGGUUUGGUUGAAUUAGCAUUGGGUGUGGGAAAUGCGUUAAAAUCUCUUGGAGUAGCAGCUUGUGCCAAAAUAACUGACGUUUCAAUGGAAGUUGUGGGAUCACAGUGCAGAUCCCUUGAGACCUUGUCAUUGGACUCUGAGUUCAUCCAUAAUAAAGGGGUGCUUGCUGUGAUUAAAGGAUGUCCACAUUUGAAAGUUCUAAAGCUGCAAUGUAUUAAUCUUACAGAUGAUACUCUAAAUGUUGCAGGCACUAGCUGCUUGUCUUUGGAGUUAUUGGCUUUAUAUAGUUUUCAGAGAUUUACUGAUAAGGGUUUGUGUGCUAUUGGGAAUGGAUGUAAGAAGUUAAAGAACUUGACUUUAAGUGAUUGCUAUUUCCUCAGUGACAAGGGUUUGGAAGUAAUUGCUACUGGCUGCAAGGAACUUACUCAUCUUGAAGUGAAUGGAUGCCACAAUAUUGGAACUUUGGGGCUAGAAUCUGUUGGAAAAUCCUGCCAACAUCUCUCUGAGUUAGCAUUGCUUUACUGCCAAAGAAUUGGUGAUGCUGGUCUUGUCCAGGUUGGACAGGGAUGCAAAUUCUUGCAAGCACUUCAAUUGGUAGAUUGUUCAAGCAUUGGAGAUGAAGCCAUGUGUGGCAUAGCUAGUGGCUGUAGGAAUCUAAAGAAACUUCAUAUUCGUCGCUGUUAUGAGAUUGGGAACAAGGGGAUCAUUGCUGUUGGUGAGAAGUGUAAGUUGCUAACAGAUCUUAGCAUUCGAUUUUGUGAUAGGGUUGGCGACAGAGCUCUUAUUGCUAUAGCUGAGGGUUGUUCCCUUCAUUAUCUGAAUGUUAGUGGUUGCCAUCUAAUUGGAGAUGCUGGAGUGAUAGCCAUUGCAAGGGGGUGCCCUCAACUAUGUUAUUUGGAUGUGAGUGUAUUGCAGAAGUUAGGUGAUAUAGCUAUGGCUGAAUUGGGAGAACACUGUCCAUUGUUGAAAGAAAUAGUACUCUCACACUGUCGACAAAUAACAGAUGUUGGGUUAGCACAUCUUGUAAAAGGUUGCUGCACAGUGCUUGAGUCAUGCCACAUGGUUUAUUGCUCUGGUGUAACUUCAGUUGGAGUAGCAACUGUGGUUUCUAGUUGUCCCAACAUAAAAAAGGUUCUUGUUGAAAAGUGGAAGGUUAGCCAACGUACUCAGCGUCGAGUAGGCUCAGUCAUCUCCUACUUGUGCAUGGACCUCUAGAUCUCCUUCGGUGUAUAUGUACACCUCCAAGUUUUUUUUUUCUACAUUUAAAUAUAAAUAAAGCAACAACAAGUUAAGACAAUUGGCGCAAUAGUAAGAUGCAUGUACUAGAGACCACCUUCAUUCACUGGACCACUUACAAUCCCUUGGUGAAUGAGGUUUUUUCUUGUACAUAUUCAGGAGUGACUCAUGAUUUUAUUUUAUCGUAGAAGUGAAAAGUAUAGGAAUCAAUAGGUCUAGGUAAAUAAGUGUUGCUUUUAGUAACUUAUCAUUUGUUUUCAAAGAAAGGACUUAAAUAUGUUUUUGCUCUCUAAUAUAUUUAUUUUAUAGUUUUGGUCCUUAAGAAAUUCAUUGCUUUGUGCUCAUUAAAGAUAGAAGGUUUUAGUAUAUUAAUAUGUUUGGAUUGGUGGUGGAUGAUGUAAUGGAAAUGAAUGAAAGAUGUUCCAUUGUUUGAUUUAUAAAAA